CGGGUUGCGCGUGGCGUGGAGCCCAUAGUGUCUCGUGCCUAGGACGCGCGCUCACUCCCUCCGCGCAGCACAAUGCUGGAGACCAAGUUUUUAUCCGCGCAAUGAAUCCUGCCAACGAAACCAGCGCUGACAGAAGUGCAGAACAAUAUAUUUUUGCAGUUGGCACCUACAAACUUCUGGCUUUUACCAUCGGGACUAUUGGAGUGUUUGGCUUCUGCAACAACGUUGUUGUCAUCCUACUUUACUGUAAAUUCAAGAGGCUGCGGACGCCCACCAAUUUGUUACUGGUCAACAUAAGUUUAAGUGAUCUUCUAGUUUCUCUGAUCGGAAUAAACUUUACCUUUGCUUCGUGCGUCAAAGGAGGAUGGAUUUGGAGCCAGGCAACAUGCAUGUGGGACGGCUUCAGCAACAGCUUAUUUGGCAUCGUCUCCAUCAUGACUCUGGCAGCCCUGGCCUAUGAGCGAUACAUCCGGGUGGUCCACGCCCAGGUGGUGGACUUUCCCUGGGCGUGGCGGGCCAUCUCCCACAUCUGGCUGUACUCUCUAGCCUGGACGGGGGCUCCACUCCUGGGCUGGAACCGAUACACUCUGGAGAUCCACCGGCUGGGCUGCUCGCUGGACUGGGCAUCUAAGGAUCCAAACGAUGCUUCUUUCAUCCUCUUCUUCCUCCUUGGCUGUUUCUUUGUGCCUGUGGGCAUCAUGAUCUACUGCUAUGGGAACAUCCUCUACACAGUGCAAAUGCUACGCUCCAUACAGGACCUCCAAACGGUUCAGAUCAUCAAGAUCUUGCGCUACGAGAAGAAGGUCGCCGUUAUGUUUCUUCUAAUGAUCUCCUGCUUCCUGGUGUGUUGGACACCCUACGCUAUUGUGUCCAUGAUGGAAGCCUUCGGCAGGCAGAGCAUGGUCUCUCCCACAGUGGCCAUCAUCCCUUCAUUCUUUGCCAAGUCUAGCACAGCCUACAACCCCCUCAUCUAUGUAUUCAUGAGUCGAAAGUUCCGCCGCUGUUUGCUGCAGCUGCUCUGUUCGAGGCUCUCUUGGCUGCAGCGAAAUCUCAAAGAGCGCCCCCUGGCUCCGGUCGAACGCCCCAUCCGACCGAUCGUCAUGUCAGGCACCAGGGACCGACCCAAAAAGAGAGUGACCUUCAGCUCCUCGUCCAUCGUCUUCAUCAUCACCACCGACGAUUUCCGCCGAUUGGACGUGACCUCCAAGGCUGGAGAUUCCUCAGAGGUUAAUGUCAUUCAAGUGAGGCCAUUGUGAUCCACAGGGACUGGACUUCUCACCACUAACCACUCAGUAUGCCUUAGGACCUGACAUGUAACUUCAAGCCAAAAUAGCUCUAUCUGACCUCUCUCUGGAUGUUCUUCUGCAUCUACACACAGUUACUGACUUGUUACAACUUUAUGUACAUUUCCCUUUGUCAGCUGCUGAAGAACCCAAGAUCUCAACUAAACCUAUUUCUGACAAUGUUUUGUCUAACCAGGAAGUAUGAGUGUGACAUCCUCAUCUAACAUCAAUUGUGUUGAUAUCCAGUACAUACAUGAUGAUGUAGUUAACAACUAGUAAUAUGUUUCUGUUAGAAAAUGAAUCACACUUAUUUGUCAAAUGUUCCAUUUAUGUGACAACUGUAGGACUGUGUUGAGUAUUUAAAGGCCAGUGGUGUUAUGGAGUUUGGAUGAUAGCAGUUUUGUUUUUUUUGGUUGGUACCCAACUGCAAUUGUGUAACAUGGCAAAUAAGCCUUAGCUCCUUAGCUAUAAACCAUAGUACACACACCGACAUUAUUGUGUAUGGAUUCAAUA